AUGGUAUGUCCUAAUGUAAAACCACAAACCUGUCCACCAUCAAUAGAUAACACACAACCAAUAGACUGUAAGGAUUGGUAUAACAAUGGUAGCACUACUAGUGGCCUGUAUAAUAUUAAUCCUGAUGGAGGGACUCCAUUUGAAUGUGAUAUGGAGACUGAUGGUGGUGGAUGGACUGUAUUUCAGAGGAGACAAGAUGGAUCUGUUGAUUUCUAUAGGAACUGGACUGACUAUGAGAAUGGAUUCGGUGACCUUACUGGUGAGUUUUGGUUAGGAUUGAGCAAGAUUCAUCGACUUACUAAAGAAGGAUCAAACACACUAAGAGUGGACCUGGGAGACUUUGAUAAUGACACAAGAUAUGCUAACUACUCCACAUUUAACGUUAGUGAUGGUAGUACUGAAUAUAUACUAACAGUAGAAGGAUACUCUGGUACUGCUGGGGAUAGUCUGGCCUAUCAUAAUGGAUACAGAUUCAGUACAAGAGAUAAUGAUAAUGAUAAUGAUGGGCGCCACUGUGCUCAGUACUUUACUGGUGCCUGGUGGUAUAACAGCUGCCGUCAUUCAAAUCUUAAUGGUCGUUAUUUUAAUACUUCAAUUGUUACUGGUCAAGGAAUUACUUGGUACCAUUGGAAGUCAACUACUCUCUCAUUUUCAGAGAUGAAAACUCGUCCAAACAACUAA